AUGAAAGCCAGGAAAGAACACAUUACACAGUGUUUCUUCUGAGAACUAGCUAGCCUCCAGUGAUUGAAAUCAAUAAAAACAGUCGGCAUGGGGCCCAGUGGGGGAAGAGAGAAAUCUCUACUACAGCAUUCAGUUUGCUUUCCACUUUCUCCGUCUUCCUAAAGUUAAACUUUGAACACCGAGACAAACUACAUUUUCAGCACUCAGAUGAUUUUGAGAGGGAUGGUGGGAAGAUAAUGUUUUAAUUUUCCUUCUGCUUUCUAUGCUCCUUCUGCUCUCUUACGGAGUUCAGAAAAUGAAAGAGUUGUUUUUAAUUUGAAUCCUGCCUGGAAAAACUUCUAUGGACAAGUGCAUCAUCCUACACUUCAGAAAAGGGAUGAAUUUUACAGUGAAAGGAUGUUAAGUGGUGAAAGAGAAAAGAAAAAAUGGAAUCUUAUUCAGCAAAAAGUACACUCACUGGCUAGAACGUCAACCACUGCUGUGAAAGCUUCUGAAACUGCAUUCAAAAGAGUAAGACCAUUGCAAUACACAGUCUAACGCAGCUGAAACUUAUAAAAAUACAUGCUCAACGCAAAAGACAGGAUCACAAGGAAAACAGUGGGAUUUCAGACUACACUGCGGAAAAAGCCAAAAUUUCAUAGAUUGAACUGAGAAAUGAGACAUCGGAGGUUUUGCUGAACUUAUUCUGAAAACGGUUCCAAUACCAGCAAAAUGUUUCUGUCUGCGAUCAAGAAACCCAUUUGCUACAGCCUCAAACAACAGGGUCGUGCUUACCGGAGAAACAAGACAGCCCUUUUCAGUCUACUUCCUUUCUCUGAAAUGUUACUUACCAACUGUGUUUGGACCUUGAAGUACAAAGGAGUGUGCAACAUGAACUGAAGAAAAGCUGGUAACCAGAAGAGAAGAUAGAAAAGUUAAGAUCACUAUGUGGCACUGUGAAGCUUUCAAUGGUACCAAGAACAGCGAGAACCAGCAUCUCUGCCAUGACUUCCAUUUGGUUCUUUUCAUCUUUUCCCUACUCUACCUCAUCAUCUGUUUUCCAGUUGGCCUUUGUUACAAUGCCCUGCUUGUCCUAGUUAAUCUCUGUAACAAAGCAACUAUGACAAUGCCGGAUGUUUACUUUGUCAAUAUUGCAAUUGCUGGCCUCAUCAUCAGUGCAAUGGCACCAAUGUACCUUCUAGGACCUGCCAAUACAAAAUGGGUCAUCUGGAAUAUUAACAAUGAAGUUUAUAUUACAUUACUCAUUUUAUUCAAUGUUUCAUCUUUAGUUAUCAUGUACUCUACUACAUUGCUCAGCCUGGACUACUACAUUGAACGUGCUUUACCAAGAACUUAUAUGUCAAGCGUGUACAACACAAAACACGUCUGUGGGUUCAUCUGGGGAGGAGCCAUGCUUACAAGUUUUUCAUCUCUCUUAUUCUACGUCUGCAAUCAUGUAUCCACUAAAAUAAUUGAAUGUUCCAAGAUGCAAAACAAAGAAGCAGCAGAUGCCAUUAUGGUUUUUAUCGGGUAUGUCGUACCAGCUCUUGCUGUACUGUAUGCAUUUGUGUUAAUUUUGCGAAUACGUCAUGAGGCUACACCACUGGACCAAGACACUGGAAGAUUAGAUCCUUCAGUGCACAGGCUUUUGAUUGCUACAGUCUGUACACAGUUUACACUAUGGACACCCUACUAUGUAACUCUUUUGGUAAACACAUUUAUUAAUGUGCAAGGAAAACUUACAGAUGAGAAUUACAUCCGAAUAUUACGUUUUAUGAAGGGUUUAUCAAAAUUGUUGGCUUUCUCAAGUAGUUUUGUAAUGCCUCUACUCUACCGAUAUAUUAACAAAAAUUUUCCCCACAAGUUACGACGGCUGCUUAAAAGAAUACACUGUGGAAAUCAAGGAUGUUCUCAUGAACGCACAGUAGUACAGCAAGUUAUGACGUAGGUAUGAAAGAAUCUCAUGGUGCUCUAUUACUGCAGUACUUUGUAUACUGUACUCAGUAUGUGACAAUAUUUUGUUGAUUCUUAAAGAUCAUUUAUAUGGGAGCACCUAGCAAGGAGGCUUGAAAAGAGCUUCCAUUAUAACUAAAUGAUUUACAGUUUAAACCUACAGGUAGUAAAAAUGGGUGCAAAAAAUCUCUUAAGCGUCUGUCUACAUGUUAUAAUACCUGUGUUUUCCAGUAUUUUCAAUGCACUGAGUCAGUUAAAAAGCAAAAGCUUUGUCUUCACAGUUCUAAUAAUCUUGUCUGAAGAAAUCACUUAGGGGUUAAAUGAAGCCUUGAUUGAAUACACAGCACUUUGUUAUCUUAUACAGGAAAAAGUAGUAUUUUACUCUCCAUAUAAAGGAAGACAAUUGUUUUAAUUUUAAAAGUAGAGAUAUUCUUGGUGGUGGUGAAGACAGCAUCUUUUCAAUGAAGAUUAUCUCUGUUAAAGAUCAGACUGUUCAACUAUAUAAGUUUUAAUAGUGAAGUGUUAAUUAUGACUUACUUUAGUAUUUAAUUAAUUUGCUUCUUCUCCCUUCCCCAAAGAAGGGAAGAAGACCCUAAAAUGCAAUUCUAAGAAAGGAUAUUCUUAUGCAGACUUAGCUACAUUUUAAUAUCUUUGACAAAUCAAAUUUUCCUAGAUGUAACAAUUAACAAACAUACAUUUAAGUCUUCAUUGCUCUCUGUGUAUCAUAAAAACAUUUCAAUGAUUCAGAAAUAUUUAUUAACUAUUUUAAGGGAAUGAAGAGACAUUUGCUCUGCAUAUUAAAACGAAGGAUACAAUGGUUCAUGAAGUUAGAGUGAAAGUAAAAUGAACAUGGUUGAAGAAUGUUUGGCUAAGUGUUAUGGUCCAUAAAAGUUCAUGUAACUAGAGUGAAUUAUUUUAAACAAAUAAAUAUGUUUCUAAUGAA